UCCCUUCUCUACUCGUAGGUCGGGUCUCUCGACGACUGGAUCACUGCGACGGACUGCCGUACACUGGCUAUUCUCCUCUGCCAACUUGACGCAAGAUCCCUCUUGGCUGCACCGAUACUACGGACUGCCAUGAGACCGUCUCGUUCCUAUCUCAAUAAUACCUUUCUCAAAGCCGUCGAGUCAUGAUCCUUGCUGGGUCCCAUCGGCAUACUGCGAGACCAAUCACUGUCGCCCAGUGCUUCCUGUACAUAUUGUGCACAUGCCGUCCCGCAUAUCCACUGUACGAGUAUGUACAGUGCGUCCGGUGCUGUUUGUUUGGAAGCUUCGAGGCGUGUGAUGUGUGGAGACGACGUUACGGCACUCUCGUGAUGGAUACUACUCCUUUGCUGGCGUGCUGUGAUCAUCUGAAAGAUCUCAAGAUCCUGAACAUACAACUUCGUUCAAACACUUGGAAAUGCCUACCGUUUGGAAAACCUGACGGUUGCUCGUAAGAGGAAGACGGUUGACACAUUUUCUCCUACCCUGUUCAACAGAUCGUCUCCCACGCAGCCACGCGUCUCGUAUCUGUUGAUGGUUUGCAGAUCCCUGGCUGCAGUCUUUCGGUGCUCCAGUAAGAACUUGACAUUGUUACCAAGACUGUAACAUGGCCCACCCCUGGCUGGCACCAACAACACAAAAUUACCCAAUCCUGCAACUUACCAGACGAUCACAAGGACUAGAUCGAUCGGGAGACUCUUUCAGGAGUUGUUUCAACGAGCAACAUUGGAGACAACCCGAUUUUGCUCGAUGGUCGUCUUCGAUGGUUCAUGUUCAUCUGAUGAUCGUGCUCAUCACGAAAACUUCAAUUUCCGAACGAUCGACCACGAGAAUUGAACGUCAACGGUUAUGGGAUGCUGUUGUGGCCAGUGCUUGGAACCUCGGGAUCCUAACAUUGCCGAGCAUUGUUGCGAGGUGAAUUGCUACUGAAUUCGGGUCGUACGAGAAGGCAGCAACGCCAGUUCAGUGACUAAGGAUAAGAUCGUUCAAUGGCAACUACCCCUGGCAGAGCACAAUCUCCCUGUCGGAAGCUUUAAACAGCUACUACACUACCCGUACACUCAGUCUAUCUGACAAGCAUAUACCAGGACGAGGUGAGCGUGGUUUCUCCAGGAACGAUACUUGGUGCUUGACUACCUGGCUUGGUGUGGUUGCUGCUGGCUACCUUUCGUCCUAGUCCAAAUUACCUUGUCCUUUGAGGAAGCAACGAGUCGGCACAAAAGAAAGUCUAGUCAAGUUGGAGUGUGGGUUGCUUCGCCAGCUUUGGAUGCAAGGUGAUGGUGAUUGUGCAUGUGAUACGAUUCGUGAAAAGCGUACGCUACGAAGGAGCAUGUGCAAGGUCACACCUCGUCCUGACUUCGCAUUCCGUCCUCCGUACACGUUCCUUUAGUCGUCUGGAAAGUGAUCGUUUUGAUUGUGUCGCUUCGUUACAAGCUAGUCGACGGAUUCGCACGCGAGCUCGUGCACAACACCAUCUUCGCUUAUCACUUGGUUGGUUGCAAGAAAAUCAAGAGUUCAGCCAACAACAAUAUCACCACCAUGGGCCAAAUACCGCAUUCGGAGUUGAAGGAUAAUGAUGAAAGUCGAGGCAAAUUGUCAGUAGCAAAAUCUUGCAACAGUCAAGAACUAGACGGUCGCUUUGAACGGUCCCUGCCAGCUGCCGAUUCUAGUCUGGCUGCUGCUCGCGAUGGCGCAUUUAUUCUGCAUCACUUUUUACGUCAAAAUGCCUGCACAACCGUUGGACUCUCACAGAAGCAAUGCUCCGUACAGUCUUCCAUGAGGUACACUCCGCAAAUGGCCGCAGAUCUGCAACAUGAAUGACAACAUGAAGAAAACCAUAUACCUUGGCACUGUUUCGCAAAGAAGCAUGUUUAACCAUAUCGAAGACUUGAGUAUUUCGAGUCUUCACAAGACACAACAUUUGACGCUGAACUUGCCCUUUGCGGCUUCUCGACGUCUGGCAAUGCACUUCUGGCCUCAUGCUGGCGGUACGAAACCAAAGCAACCAGGAAGAAGCUAUCACUGCAUCGCCGUUCAACGAUAAGACAACAGCGCAGAAGCGAGACGAGGGUAUACUUCAUCAGGCCAGCACUCUUUACGUCAAUGCCAUCCUCCAGGAACGACCUUCAGGAAUGCUCUUCUCCGACAGGCAUUUAGGCGAGUGGCCAGGAAUCGGAAUUGAUUUUCAGCCAUUAUUUCCUCGGCUACGGUCACCGUUCAUGGUGGGCAGAGUUGGUCCUUUUGUGGUGAGGAUUGAGUUGACAUACCCGAGGGUGACAGGCCGGUGACUGAUUGAUGUGAUGUGAUUUGCAAUCAGUCACUCUGGGCUGACAGGCUCGUGGCCGAUUGAUGGUACGGAGUACAACUGUAAGAUAUGGAGUACAGAAUAUUGUACUGUCUCGUGGGCUAGGCUAUCACAGUAAGAUUAGGAAAAUUCAUCCGUCUCAUGAGCAUGAGGCCUCGUCCUGUACGAAUAGGACUUAAUAGACAAGAAUU